CAUUUGACACAGCCCGCGCCGAGGGGGCUUGAAGCGCGGCGCAUCUGCUGUCCCAAAUUCAGAAGGUAUGGCGAGCAGCAUGAGGGCGCUCGUACUGACGUGCAUGCUGCUAGCGCCGUGGCUGACUGCCGGCACGGCUGCCAGCUACCGCGAGGAUGCUCGGCAGGCGGCCACACCCGGAAGGCAGCGAGGCAGCUUCUUUGGCAACGGCUUCAAAUCGAUGCGGACAAGGAGAGAGCUGCCUUCGGCCGACGAACCAGACAAUACCCCCAUGCCGGCGGCGGGAGAUGCAUCGGACCUGCCCACUUGUCUGCUGUGCGUCUGCCUAACCGGUUCAGUGUACUGCGAGGAAGUCAACCCGGACAUGACCGCAGUUCCCACCGUGCCCAAGAAGACGGCCUACUUAUAUGCUCGCUUUAACAAAAUCAGAAAGAUCAACACCAAGGAUUUUGCUGAAAUUGUAACGCUGAAGAGGAUCGACCUCACGGGGAACCUGAUCUCGGAGAUUGAAGACGGGGCCUUCGCUAAGCUGCCGCUACUGGAGGAACUGUCUCUCGCGGACAACCGGCUCGUCAGGCUUCCGAUGCUCCCCGGCAAGCUGAUGUCGUUCAACGCCAACAACAACUUCCUAAAGACCAAGGGUGUCAAAGCUACUGCUUUCAAGAAACUGACUGGUCUGGUCUACUUGUACCUGGCUGAUAACGAGAUAGAGGCAGUCCCACAGAUCCCGGAGACAGUUCGGACGUUGCAUCUACAGAACAACAACAUCACAGACAUCAACAUUGACACCUUCUGCAGGUCCAAUGACACCUACUACCUUCGACCCAACCUCAGCGAAGUUCGCCUGGACGGAAAUCCCGUGAUCCUGUCCAAGUACCCCGACAGCUUUAUGUGUAUGAAAGUACUGCCGAUCGGACGAUACCGGUGAAGAACCACCAACAUGACUGUAGUCCCUUUUCAAGAGAAUAAACGGAAGAAUUUCAAACUGCUGUGGCUCGAAGUGUGACAAGUGGCUAUCAACGUGGGGAAAAAAAAGGCUUCUAGUAUGACCAAGCUUGAGUAGACAGCAGAUCUGUUGACGAGGCCACAGAGCAGAUUAUAAAUUCUCCUUGAAUUGUCAUUCCCCGGUUUCACCUUUAUGACAAAGCAAUGAAUCCAAAACGCUCUGUAAAAACACAAUUUCUAAAAAUCAACGAAUUCCAAUGUCAGAUACCAAUAAAUCAAUAUCUACGACUCUCAAUGAGUGAGAUGGCUUUGUAGACCUUGGUCACCUCGCCUUCGUUUUAUGUUUAAUUUAUAAACGCAAUUUGAAUUUAAGUACCGAAGCAUUUAUCAGCAUUUAAUUAAUCCAUGUAUGUGAUGUAGCCCCGACGCGUUCCCUUCAGUAAUAAAUCUGUCUAUAAAAAUGAUUACCAAUGUGUAUAGAAUAGUGCUUGUACAGGGGAAAUGUGUAUGGCUGAAGAUAUUUCAAUAAAGUUGAACUUUUUUUUUUAUGUAUUUGGAAUCAUUGUUGGUGAAGAAGCGGCACCUGCUUUUACAAAUAUUUCUUGGUCAUGCUGUUUAGGACGACAGUCAUGACAUCCAUUUUGUGUAGGAAUAACCUCCAUUUUGCGAGAUUCAAAAGAAUUGGCACAUAAGCCAUGCAAGCAAGGAUCUUGGCCCUCCUGGGAGAAAAAAUAAAAGUUGGCGGUCCAAGCACUGCAGAAUCGAAAAGAAUAUUCAUCCAAGUCUUAAAAAUUAUGCGAUCAAUUGCACUGAUACUUUUGAGAUUUUAUGCAUAAAAUGGCUGCCAUUGCCGAAUGCCUCUUCCAUUGGGUCUACACGUUGCUUUAAUUCAAAUCCAUUCCAAGUGUGUAUGAAAGCCAUGUUUAAAUACUUGUGAACCAAAUUGUAUAUCUUGUACAUUCGCUGUCAGUGUUUUUAAGCACUCAAAACAUCCCCGAAUAAAAAAUGAACACGA